UACAUUUCAUCAGCCUGUACAAGCAUCCCUCAAGGCUGGCACAGAGGAACAAAGAAGGAGGUGGCACCAGGCCAAAUUAGAAAUCUAAAAUUUUUUAAACAUAAGAAGACAAGAAAGGACACUAAUAGAGAUCAUGCCAUAGAGCAAGAACUCAGGGAACACUUUGAUCCUAGGAAAGCUUGUGACAAAGUGUUAACUAAUGAAAGAGUAUCUGAUUUGCUUAGAAAGAUCAAAGAAUGUGAGCCAUUUUCUUGUGUCCUCAAUUCCAUUGAACAUGCUAAAGAUGAUGGGCUUCCUCGACCACUUAAAGAGAAAGCCUUAGCCUUCAUGUCUGUCAAAACUAACAAGAGCAAAACAUGUGAAGAGAUAGCUUCAUCAUUUCUGGAACAUUGUCAGAUGACAAAUGAUGAGGUAAAGAGAGUAGAAAUUGAAACAAGAGGACAAAGUGGCAAUAAGAUGUGGUUUGAUCAGCGAGAAGGCAGAAUUACUGCCUCGAACUUCCAUACAUAUCACACAAAGAUGGAAUCAAUUUUGAAGUUUAGAAAGAGGGGCAAAAAUACUUAUACCCCUCUGGUAUUCGACAUUUUGAACAAAAGUGAUGACAUUUCUCACUUGCCUCAAAUUAAGUGGGGGAUUGAACAUGAGAUGGAUGCAAUUAAGUCAUUUUUGUCUGAUGUGGCAUCAAAACAUGCAAAUGGGAUGAAUGGGGUUAAACAAUGUGGUCUGUUUGUAAAGCAUGAUUAUGCUUUCCUUGCUGCCUCACCAGAUGGUUUGUUUGUUUGUGACUGUUACAGUCCAGCUAGACUUGAAGUAAAAUGCCCUUUCUCAGUCAAAGAAGAAAAUAUCAAUCUGAAAGCUACAUACAAACGUGUCGAUUUUUUGGAGGAAGUAGAUGGGAGCCCUAGAUUAAAGCACACUCACAAGUACUACACCCAGAUGCAGGUUCAAAUGUGGGUGACUGGAACAAAUCAUGGGUACUUUAUUGUC